GUUGGUUAAACAUGUGUUUUAUCAUUCUCAGUCCGUCAGAUGUUGGUGAUUAAAGAAGAGGUUCCCAAUGACUGCAGUUCCAUCUUGGAUCCUGAAGCACUUUGCCAAAAGGAGGAAGAAGGGGAACUCUGGAUCAAACAGGAGGGAGAGCUGUUAACUGUGAAGAUUGAAGAUGAGGAGAAACCUCAGAUAUCAGAGCUUCACCACAUCAAACCUGAAGACAACAGAGCUACAGAAGCUCAAACCAGCUGUUCAGCUUCACAGAUAAAACCAGACCCUGAUGGAGUGGAGGGUGGAGGACCAGAACUAGACAGAAACCCGGGUCCAGUAUGUUCCUCUGAAGAAAGUAAGAAGGCAGUUCAGAAAAAAAGUAAGAUAUCAAAACGGCGUUCCAAACACACAGCUGAUAUUGAAGUUAGUGUGGGGGAGAAGCCAUUUGGUUGCAAUAUUUGCGGCAAAAGACUCAGACAUAAGACUCAUGUUAAAUUACACAUGAUGAUUCACAGUGGAAAGAGGGACCAUAAAACUGAUAUUUGUGCACUUAAAGAAAAGCGUUCUCCCCAGACACGCAAGAGAGUCCGCACUGGAGAUAAAUCAUUUGCCUGUGACGAUUGUGGUAGAAAGUUUCAUGCAAAGAAAUUGUUUCAGCAGCAUCUAAAGGUCCAUUCAGAAGAGAAACCAUUUUCUUGUGAUGUCUGUGGUACAAAAUUUAAACGAAAAGAAACGCUUAAAAAUCACACAAGAAUUCACACUGCAGAGAAACCAUUUGUUUGUAGUGUUUGCAGUAAAGGAUUUUCACAACAGAUUCAUCUAAAGUGUCACAUGCGCGUUCACACAGGAGAGAAACCAUUUACUUGUAGCUUUUGCAGCAAAGGAUUUGCCCUACAAGAGAAUCUAAAGAGACACAUCCGUGUCCACACAGGAGAGAAAAUGUUUGUUUGUAGUUUUUGUAGUAAAGGGUUUUCGCUACAACAAAAUUUAAAGAGUCACAUGCAUGUUCACACUGGAGAGAAGCCAUUUAUCUGCAGUCUCUGUAGUAAAGGAUUUUAUCAACAUGGAGUGCUGAAGAGACACAUGCGUGUUCAUACAGGAGAGAAACCGUUUGUUUGUAGUGUUUGCAGUAAAGGAUUUUCACUACAAGAGAAUCUAAAGAGACACAUGCAUGUUCACACUGCAGAGAAGCUAUUUAUCUGUAGUAUUUGUAGUAAAGCGUUUUCACAACAGGAUACUUUAAAGAGGCACAUGUGUGUUCACACAGGAGAGAAACCAUUUAUUUGUAGUGUUUGCAAUAAAGGGUUUUCACAACACCAUCAUCUGAAAAAACACAUGGACGUUCACACCGCACCAUUUAGCUGCAGUGAUUGUGGUAAACAUUUUGUGAAGGAAAUCCAGUUAGAGCGACAUGUAAGAGUCCACACACAAGAGAGACCAUUUGGUUGUGACGUCUGUAAAAGCAGAUUUAUUCAGAAGUGUCACCUUGACAACCACAUGAGAGUUCAUUCAGGGGAGAAACCGUUUGUUUGCAGCGUUUGCACUAAAGCCUUUUCUCAACAAGACCGUCUAAAGAGACACAUGCGUGUUCACACGUGUGAAAAACCGUUUGUUUGUAAUGUUUGCAGUAAAGCAUUUUCACAACAAGGGAAUCUGAAGAGACACAUGAGUGUUCACGAUGGCUGCAUCUAAUGAGGAAAAUCCUGACAUUAGAUGAAUUAUUUUUUACUCAUUACAUCCAACAGACAGGCCAAAGCAAACUGGAUUAUUUCACUGAGCAGACACUCGUAACUAUAAAAUCUCUAAGAAUGUAACUGAAAUUUCUCAAUAACAAGUAAAAUAGUUAAAGGACUAAAAGCCUUAAUAUGAUGAUAAAUAUAUAUAAAUUCAGAAACCUGGAGCAUAUCAACCGUAAAAUGUGGCCUAUUAAGAAACUGCCUUUGUAAUGGAGUGGGCAAUAUGACUUUAAAAUUAAAUCUUGAUACAGUAUAUUUCCCCAAAAAUAGCCAAAACUUGAAUAAACCACUUGAGUUAGUGUAAACAUUGAAUGCAUAUUUUGUGGUUGGUAUUUGUUGGCUGAUUUUUGUGUAUUGCAAACAGAUGGGCUGCCGAGUCAAGCGCGGACAUAAGACGGGAGCUGUUCAGGAAGUGGGUCCUUGUCAACAAGCCAAACAGCUUAGUUUUGUAUAUCAGCUGUUGCUACCAUCUACUAGGGUUGGGAAUCAUCUAGGAUGAGUCGAUUCGAUACGAUUCUUGAUACAUCGUUCACGAUACAAUACG